CACACACACACACACACACACACGGAUGGACGGCCUCAUCUUGUUAGUAACCGUGACAUCAGCCACGCUGUUACUCACCACCACAUGCAAAUACAGGCUCUGUCGUCCAGUGAGCAGAAACACAAGAUGCUGCUGGAUAGUAAAAACCGCUGCAUCUGCACAGAAUCAAGAUUCUCCUGUCAGUCCUGCACAGGGGAAUGGGGCCGUGUAUCGUCGCAACCAGAGACGAUAUAAAAAGCCAAACAGGCUUUUUUAAAAUGUGUCUGCGCUGAUGCAUGAACAGUCACAACUACAAGAAUGAGAGUCAGGUGUUCCGGAUUAUGGAAACACUGCUGUAACUCACUGCACUGCGCCCGCUGAUCAUUUCCUUUAAUUUCUAGUCAUUUAUCAUCCAUUUGUUCCUGGCUCCGGUUCUCGCUGCCUCCUAGUGAUGCUCUGUCUCUAUCUUGUUAACUCCACCAGGAGAACAGGCUUGGAAUCGCACUCAUAGCUUUAGUGGCAUUAGCAGGUUUACAUCUAAAUCAUUUCACCUUUGACUAACAAGGCUAAGCCUCAGCCUACUGACCUGUGACCCACUGACCCGCCUCUCUGUAGCUCUCGCUGUCUCCUAUUGACAAAUAAUCUAAUACAAAGCUGUUUGGCUUAUUAGAUCAUCUGGUUUCAGUUUUCACGUUCUUCCUUCCUCUCUGGCUCCCUCUUCCUCCCUUUCGGCCCAACCCUCCCAGUUCUCACCCUAGAGAGCAGGGUGUCCUCGUUCUGGUGCUGCUCUGUCGCCGCCACUCAGUGAGGGGCUUCUGAAAUAUUCAUGGCGACACACAUACUCACACCUAAAGACACACACAGGAACAAACACUUCCAAGCCCCUUUAUCUUUUCCUCCAGUUUGCCCACGCCUAACAGAUUAGAGAAUAUAAUGUCCCUCACAGCACGGUCAGGAAGGAUGUCACUAAUGUUUAAUUACAUUGUUUUAUUUUGCAGUUGAAAAAAAUCCUUCUGAUUUACAAAAUUAUUAUUUAUUAUUAUUAGUUUUUUAGUACUGCUCAUGCAGAUCAGUCUUCAAUGUAAAGGUAAAUGUGAAAUACAGUUUUGAGGCCACGAUGGCAACAGAACAAAUCACAACACCGAGGCGCCGGCGCCGUGAUCUGCGACCUCAGAUUACCUUUUGGUUUGUGGAGGAGAGGAGGAUCCGCACGUGGGAAAAAAAAAAGGUUAUCACGCCGCCGGCAGUUUUGAUAUGUAACCCAGCAUUAUUGUGCAAGCACGGAUGCGGCUGAGCAGAUCACUCGGCGAACUGUGAUUUGUGUCAGAGGUUGUGCGCUCUCCCGCUGUGCCCUGUGAUUGUCGGCGGAGAGGGGGUGCGAGCCUGCAAAACACCAUUUACAUGUAGUUUGACUGCGGGGCGACGGACGGUCUCGAGAGGAGAUGGUUGAAAACACAACCUCUCAGGUUAUUGGUUGCAGGAGAGACACUGUGACCUGUGGAACUGCAAUACAGCCAUUUAUGUCUUACAAGUAGGAAUGCUGUGUACUGAUAAUUAGAUCCAUAGUUCAGUUUCUAUGGUAACAUAGUGCCCCUGUGGAAUCAUUUUAUACAAAAGUGUGUGUUUGUACUGAUCAGUAAGCUUCAGCUGUUUAUCACAGAGAAGUAACACAACACAGACUAGCUUUCCUGCAUCUUUGUAAGUUUAGGGUGUGACUCGAUUCACUGAAUUUCAGAACGCCAGCGACUUAAUUGUACCUGAUUCAAAUGCACACUGUUCAGGUAACCUUUGGAAAAAGGUUCGAGUUUGUGGCUGUUAGUGUCUGUUUACGCUGAUGCGAAGCUGUUAAUGUCAGCGCGGCGCGUUGGUAUGCUAAUGCUUCUGGGUGCGCUAAUUAGAGCUGGAUGAGGAACGCCGGCGACUGACACGAAUUUGUUUGUUUUGCACUGUCAAAGUUUGAAAUAAAUAAAUAAAUAAAGGCAUCAACUUUGACCUGAUGCUGCUGUUUGAUAGGUUGAUGAAUAGUAAAGAAGCAGCGGGCGAAUGGGGCCGGAGGUCACGGCCUCCGCUGGCAGGGCUCUCAAAGAAACCUCUUAUUAUUAUGCACAUCCCCUCGGAGAUGAGCCCCCCGUGUCCCAUUUGCGGGGUCCCUGUGCCGCUGCCGGUUGCCAUAGCAACAGACAGGACGUGACAUUGUUGCAUAAUUUGUUGUGCUUUGCUCUUCCUUGUUCUGACCUCACUGGGGGGGUGUUUUUGAGUCGUGUAAUGCCUCCGUGGGUGGAGCGGUCAACAACAUAACAUACGAGCAUAUGAUUGCACUGAACCUUUUUAUUAUAAACAAAGAAAACACAGAAAAUCCCAGUGAAGGCAACUUUAGAGACCAAAUUGUUCCAGCGCUUUUUCAGUGUCAUUAUUCUUGAUGAUCGUUUACCUUGUCAGACGUUCUCUGCUGGAUAUUCCUCUUGAAUCCAGGUGCCUGUAGUGAAUCUAAACUGAAGUAUUGACUGAUCUGUUUCACCAGUUUAGUUUGUCUCUGCAAGACAGGCAGUUAUGAAUUGAAAACCCCCCCCAACUGCUUUUUGGGACUUUUUAUUCAGCCCCUCACUGCAGAGUUGGUAAAAACGUUCACCUUAAGUCAAAGUUUUAGCGUUUUACUAAAUCUGAGCAAACUUGGACUAAGAAGCCGUUGUCAUGGAGCCGCGUGUGUGCAGGGGCAGGCGGAUGGCAUGAUGCGUAGGGGGACCCGCUCAGCUGAGAGUCUCCUGUCACUAAGUAUCUUAUUCUGCUGACGUUCCCUCCUGAACCUGCUGCUUCCAACCCACUAUAUAAAGAUUCUCCUCCUCCACUCACUGUGCGUAGCUUUGCAUAUUUUCCUCGUACACACUCCUGUGUGUGACGCCGCGAGCGUGUGGUACAGUUUAUGUCACUGGCGUGGCUGCCUCUGAAGCCUGACAAGUUCAAACGCUCUGGGUUAAUGACUAUCAGCUCGCUUUUCGCCCGAAGCCACGCUCUCCCACUCGUGCCACAGGGAGAAUGGUUUACACUGCAUUAUUAAAACGUAUAGUUUAUCUAAAUCUGUCCUAAUACGUUCAGCGCCUUAUUAGUGGUGACAGAGACGCCCAGGGGCACAGAUUCAAGUGGGGUUUGCUGACACAGGAACAGACGUGAUCAAAGGUGCUGUGCCUGGGGUAUAAAAGCAAUUUUUAAACCAAAGGAGCUGACAUUUAGACAUCUUAAUUACAUGUAGGAAGUUUGAGCAAUCAUUCAUAGAGACGCUGUGUGUGAUCAGAUAAAACGGUGACUGUUCAUUUCUGUAGACGUCUACAUUUCACUUGUUCAUUUCUGAAGAAUGUAAGUUACUCUUGCUGUGCAGUAAGGCAGAUGAAUCCAGCUGUGUGUGUGUGUGUGUGUGUGUGUGUGUGUGUGUGUGUGUGUGUGUGUGUGUGUGUGUGUGUGUGUGUGUGUGUGUGUGUGUGUGUGUGUGAGCACUGCACUGAAGACUGGGACUGUCGUCUGGGCUCUGACAUGACAUGUGCAUUGACCUGGAUGAAAGAAACAGACCAGUGUAAUGGAUCCAGGGUAACAGAGUUUAAAAUUUAAUUCAUAGAGAGACUAAAAGCUGAUUGUGGUGCGGCUGAUCCUGCUGCUAGAUGUUUUUUUACUCUACUCUCCAAUGUCAGGGAGUUUCUCUUAAGUAAAGCUUCCAGAAAAUGUAUUUAUUACCUUCUCGUCCAGAAAUAACAAAUAUAUUUUUUUGAGUAAAAGGGUUCAAAGCAACACGCAUUGUAUCUGUGUGGAGGCUGGGAAUAAAUGUGUGAGCUCACACACUCGCUGCUGCAUGUAAAGAAGCUGCCUUCGCAAAGGACGCUAUAAUGACAGAACAACCCCGAAAACUGCACACAAAUGUAACAGCUGGUUGGUGAAGUAACGAUAAUGGAGAUUAAAACACUGGCGCAUAUGUACAGUAGCAUACGUACAGUAUGUUUCUGUUUAAGCAUAUCCUCUGUUCAGUGAGUCUAUCAGCUUAGCAGCUGGAAAUUAAACCACUGGGAUUUGCUGACUGUGUGUGUGUGUGUGUGUGUGUGUGUGUGUGUGUGUGUGUGUGUGUGUGUGUGUGUGUGUGUGUGUGUGUGUGAGGGCUGGAUCUGGAUCUGCGGUGGGGUCAACGGCGCGUCCAUGGUCCCUGAGUCACACUGACUGUAUGCAGGGGGACACCUCUCUCAUGGGUGAGGCCCAGUGAUCCGGACGCUCCCUACACACCCCCUCCUCACCCUGACCCCCCGACCUCCCCUGUUCCCCUGGACCAGUCACCAUGACUUCCACCAGCCAGUUGCUGGGUUUGGCGGAGGUGGGGCUGAAGUGCGACCAGGAGCUUGAGAGGAGAUAUGAGAUCGUGCCCUCGGUGGUCUGCUCCAUGUGCUGCCUCUUUGGGAUCAUCUAUUGCUUCUUUGGCUACCGAUGCUUCAAGGCCGUGUUGUUCCUCACGGGCCUCAUGUUUGGCUCCGUGGUCAUCUUCAUGCUGUGCUACAAGGAGAGGGUGAUGGACACCCAGCUGAGCGUGGAGGCCUCGGUCGGCAUCGGCCUGGGCAUCGGGACGCUGUGCGGCCUGGUCACCAUGCUGGUGCGCAGCGUGGGCCUCUUCAUGGUGGGCCUGCUGCUGGGCCUGCUCGUCGGCGUGGCGUCGCUCGUGGUCAUGGAGGAGUUCUACCACCCCAAGACGGUGUGGGUUCCUCUGGGGAUCCUCCUGGGGUCUGGGACCUUGUUUGCCGUCCUCACGCUCCAGUGGCAGCGCUGCUUUGUCACGUUGUCGACCGCCACCUUCGGCGCUGCCAUCAUCACUGUCACUGUGGAUUACUUUAUAGAGCUCUUCGCCUUGGUGCACUACGUCUACGAGAGACUCAGGGUAGCUCCGAAAAAGUCGGUGUGCUGGUUCACGUGGGUCAUCCUGGGCGUGUGGCCGGUUCUGGCCUUGCUCGGAGUCUUAAUUCAGUGGAAAGUGACUGCAGAGGGAUUCUCUCACACAGAGGUGGUUCUGAGUCGGCAGCAACGGCGGGUGCAGCUCAUGCGCAUCCGGCAGCGGGAGGAGCGGCUGAAAAAGGAGAAGGAGAACAAGAAGAAGAAGAAGCGGCAGAACCAGAAGACGGGCCACAAGCUGAAGGCGCACGCCCACCACCCCCACCAGCCGCAGUACCACCACCCGUCGGCCUCUCACCCCCAUCACCAGGGCCAGAGCUCCCAGCCGCCCAAAGCCCCCCCGCCCCAGACGGAGCCCGGCUACCACCGCAAGGCCAACCCCAAGAGACGCUUCGACGGAGACGUGCUGUCACCGAGCUACAUCAGGAGCUUCAGGGACAGACAGACUGACAGACGGGCGUACUCCCACAGUCGGAUGAUGAGCCGCUCCCGGAUGGCCGAGCUCGACUACGACUGCGGCUCUCAAGUGCCCCUCACGGCCCCCAGUGGACCCCCGGUCCGCAUAUGAGGAAUGCACACACACACACACACACACACACGCACGCAUGCACGCACGCAUGCACACACACACACACACACACACACACACACACACACACACACACACACACACACACACACGCGCGUGCGCACACGCACGCACGCACGCACACACACACACACACACGCACGCACGCACGCACACACACGCACACACACACACACACACACCAACACAAACCCAAGGCUUCAGACCUCUGGUGACACAGAACCCCCUCCGUGCCAACCAGUCGACAGGAACCCAGUGUGUCCCGGGGGUCGUGUGUUUCCUCUCAGACCUGAUAAUUAUGUUUUUGGACCGUUUGGUCCUGUUUUCCUUUUUGAAUACAAAGACACGAGAACAGCUCAUCCUUCAUCUCAGACGACGCGCACCCUCACUGCUGUAUUCGUCUCCUUCGUUGCCGUUCUUGUGGAGUGGAGCUGUCUGUUCUGAACGUUUACUUGGCUGCAUGGAGCCAUAAGGAGCGAUUUCCAGAAGGGGAGGGGGGUCCAAAUGUUACUUUUGCCACAGGAAGCUGUUCAAACAAUCUGCCUCAAGGAUUCUAUUAAGACACUGAGAAGAGAAGCAUCAGAGGAAGGAGGACGCUGAAGCCCAGCUCCUCUCUGCUGUUAAGCACACGUUCAUGGACUCUGGAGGUGCAGAGCGAGGGUCUGCUUCCAGCCCUUUGCCCUCCACGAGCCGCCUGUCUGUCUGUCAUUGCCUACGUUGUUGCCAUGUAGUGACGUGAAUGUGCUUUCACCCCCCCCCUCACGCCUUCGUCCGUCCGCUGACGCGUCUCUGCAAGAUGCUGUACGUUAACGUGUUUGUUGACAUGUUUCUAAGUGCUCUGAUGUCGCCCCCUUUUUCCACAUCCUGAAUCCACCUCCACAGAUUCAUCAGCUGGAACAACGCAAAGACAAGUGAGGGAUCUGACUGUGGACGGUACGUGAUGGAGGAAACGUUAAAUAUAGCGUGAUUGUGUGAAUGAGUGAACACAUUAGCCUUGUGGUAAGUGAUGGAUUGUACCAAAUUUGGAGCAAGGACGGGGGUGAUUCAUCGUAGCCUGUGUAGAACACGCUGCAUGUAUUUGCCAACUUGUCGGCUGCGAUGCUGUUUGGUUGAAGCAUUAAAUUAAACACCAGAAGGUUUCAAGCGAGAAUAAUGAGACAAGGUGAAGAGGAUGAAAGGCUGAACGAUGCCCUCUAAUGUUUACUGCUGGACCUUUUUUGUCUAGACUCUGCAUCACAUUUUGCUUCGGAAUCAAAUUUAUUUAUUUAAACCCCUUGAGGAGGAAGAUAUAGUUCCUCCACAAUAAAGGGCGUCCAAGUAAAAAUGCACAUUUGUACAGUAUAAUACGGCUGUACAGGUGACUUUCUCAGUUCUGUGUGAGACGGACCUGGGCGUGGAUUUUUCUUGUGAUGCCAUUAAUGCAUGAGAGUCCAUUUGUAGCUGUUCCCACGUCCGUGUUUUCCACAGUGUCACUGUUGUUACGCAAAAGCUACAGCAGCGCUCUGUUUUUAGUCUGCUGAUUCCAGACACAGCGGAGGGUUUUUCGCAUCCGCCGAUGACGCGAGCGCUGUGAAAGGACGCGGGAAGCUCAAAGGGCUUGGGUUUUGACAGUGAUGCUGACUCGGCAAAGGGCUUCGGGUCGUUGGCCUCCUCUCGACACGUGUUCAGCCAGGUCGCCUCCAUCCUGCGUGUCCAGUGGCGUUUUUGGAUUCCGCCCACACUUCGGUCCUGUUUCGCUCCUCCUUUGUGGUUUUACUGUAGUGCUGUGACAUCAUCGCUGUCCUUAAAAAUGUUAGUCGUGACCUUUGGCCCCUCUCGAGCCUGUACAAAAUGAACAUUCAUUUUAUUGCUUUCUCGCGUCAUUUUCUGUGAUUGCCUGUGACUUCUGGUUUGAAAACCACUUUUACUGUAGAUAUGAAACUGUAAAUAGUUAUUAAACAUAUAAACGUUUGAUUUUA